CCGGUACCGAGAGCAUCCCCCCGACCCGACCUCGGCGCAGAGCCCCAGGAUGCUGGACACCAUGAGCAGCCAGUACGACUCCUUCAUCUACUGGAGGAUGCCGAUCCCCCGGCUGGACGUGGCGGAGCUGGAGGGGUUGGGGCUCGCAGACAUGGCCCUCUACAAGCCCAAGGCAGGGCUGGGCCAGCUCGUGGGCCAGCGGGAGCGACUCAGCCAGGACCUGUCCCCGGAGGAGGAGGAGGACACCCUGCUGCAGUUCAACACCUUCAACUUCUGGCGGGCUCCCAUCGCCAGCAUCAGCUCCUUGGAUUUCGAUCUCAUCUGAAGCCCUUCCUGCCCCUCCUCGCCCCUCCCUGCUCUCCCCCUCUCUGCCAGGGUUUGGUUUUCUUGUCGCUUCGGGGGUCGUUGGGUUGGUUUUUUGUUCGUUUCUGGGCGGUUUUGCCAUCGCUAAUUAACUCAGCAGUUCCCCCUGGGCUUGACGGUGAUGGGCUCCCUGAGAAACCUUCAGCCUCUCCCCGCUCCUCCCCUCUCCCUCCCUCCUUGGCAAGGAGAGGGUAACAACACCGGGGGCAAAUACGAGGGCAGGGGGCAGAAAGAGCCCCCCUUGCUGCCCCUCUCCGUGUUUGGGAGGUGCUGGGGGGGUGUUGGUGUGACCGUGGGUGUCCCUGCCCCGUGUGACACGUUUUCACCUCAUUUCUCGUCUGCUUUUAUAAGAAACUCAUUUGUGCAAUCGGAGCGGUGGGAAUUGACCCUCCUCUGCCUUCCCCUGACCCAGUUUCUCCCAGAUCCGCCUCAUUCCUUCCCCUUCCCCUCAGGAAUUCAAGGUGGAAGAGGCAGGGAUG